AUGGGUUCCAGUCAUCUCUAUUAUCUUCAUUCAUCAGAUUUCCCUGGUAUGAAUCUGGUGAAUUUCACUUUUGAUGGAAAAGGGUAUGGAGGCUGGCGUAGGUCAGUUCUCAUUGCUUUAUCAGCCAAAAAUAAAAUAGAUUUUAUAGAUGGCACAUGUAAAGAGCCUGCUAUUGAUUCCACAAAUCACAAAUUGUGGAGCAGGUGUAAUGACAUUGUGUUAUCUUGGCUCUUAAAUUCACUUUCAAAAGAAAUUUCUGAUAGUGUCAUAUACUCAAAAACUACUAAAGCUUUAUGGACAGACCUUGAAGAAAGGUUUGACCAAUCAAAUGGGGCUAAAUUAUACCAUCUCCAAAAGGAACUAAGUGAUUUAGUUCAGGGAUCUAAUGAUAUAGCAACAUAUUUUACCAAGUUAAAGAAACUUUGGGAUGAGCUAGACACUCUUAAUGCUGACAUAAAUUGUGGAUGUAAUUAUAGCUGUGGAGGAAAGGACAAACUGACCAAAUCUAUACAAGAUGAGAGACUUAUGCAUUUUCUGAUGGGUCUAAAUGAUUCAUAUGCAUCAUUUAGAGGAAAUAUGUUGAUUAUCUCACCUCUCCCUAAUGUGAAUGUUGCUUAUUCUAUCUUAAUUCAAGAUGAAAAACAAAGGAAGGUUUAUGUAAAUCAACAGUACCCUAGUGAAUCAUCCUCUUGUUUGUCAAUAAACCAACACAAAUAUACACCCUAUGAUCAGCCUAUUCAAAAAAUUUCUAACUAUGAUCAGUAUAACCAGAAAUAUGGAAACUAUGAGCAAAAAGGAAAAGGAAAGUUUGAUACAAGAAAGAACAACCUGACUUGCUCACACUGCAAGAAACCUGGUCAUAGCAUCGACAAGUGUUAUAGGAUUGUAGGGAAUAAUCAACAAUUUUCACAGGAGCAGUUCAGUCAAUUGGUUCAUCUUUUGCAACAAGUUAAAGUUAGCCAAUCAGGUCAUACAAGUUCAGAAGCAGAAGCUGUUGCCAACAGUGUAGCAUGCUCUGGGGCAACCCAACAUAUGGCCUUUGACACCUCAAUCUUUUUUAAUCUAACUCCUCUUCUUACACCUUUAAGUAUUAAUCUACCAAAUUCACAAAAGACUUUGUCAGCAAUAUAA